GACAAAUAUGGCCUUGGAACCAGGCUUCAACGUCAGAGGCCUGGGGCCCCCAUCAGUGCUCUUACUGGACUUUCGCUGAAAGAAGGGGAAGACCACAAGGAGAUAAAAAUUGAACCAGCUCAGGCUGUGGAAGAGGUAGAACCUUUACCUGAGGAUUAUUACACAAGGCCAGUCAAUCUAACAGAAGUGACAACCUUAAAGCAGCGCCUCCUGCAGCCAGAUUUUCAGCCCAUUUGUGCUUCUCAACUUUAUCCACGUCAUAAGCACCUUCUGAUCAAACGCUCACUGCGAUGCAGGAAAUGUGAACACAAUUUGAGUAAACCAGAGUUCAACCCCACAUCAAUAAAAUUCAAAAUUCAAUUGGCUGCUGUCAAUUACAUCCCAGAAGUGAGAAUCAUGUCUAUUCCUAAUCUCCGUUAUAUGAAGGAAAGUCAAGUUCUUCUAACUCUAACCAAUCCAGUGGAAAGCCUUACCCAUGUGACCUUAAAAGAAUGUGAGGAAAAUGAUCCUGAGGAUAUUAAUAGUACUGCAAAGGUGAUGGUUCCUUCCAAGGAACUAAUCUUGGCUGGCAAAGAUGCAGCAGCAGAAUAUGAUGACUUGGCAGAAUCUCAAGAUUUCCAAGAUGACCCUGACAUCAUAGCUUUCCGGAAGGCUAACAAAGUUGGGAUAUUCAUCAAAGUUACUCCACAGAAAGAAGAAGGAAAAGUUACUGUAAGCUUUAAGAUGAGGCAUGAGUUCAAAAAUCUUGCCGCUCCAAUGCGCCCCACAGAGGAAUGUGAUCAGAGUUGUGAAGUCAUUUGGCUCACCCAUCAUGUGGAGCUCAGCCUGGGCCCUCUGCUUCCCUGAAGUUUGUGUCUUGAUUGAAUGCUAAAUGAUAGUUGACUGUUACACUAUGCUUUGAAAAUGCAUUGCGUUAAAAUACUGAUUUUACAGAGAUGCCUUGGAAAGUGAAAUUUCAGCCCAAAAAGCUAGAGUUGAAAUAGAAAAAAGACGCUUUUUUUCUCUUUGCCUCCUACUCUUCACAUCCAUUACGUGAAUUAGUAGUUCUGUCACUAUAGCACAUGCAUAGUCAAAGUGACAGUACAGCUUUAGUGUGCAUGUUUGUAGUUAUCUUCUAUCUUCCUUGAAAAAAGAGUCACACUAGUUCCUUGCAAAACCUUUUACUAGCUUUCCUUGCACCAAUUUAUCUAAGCUAGUAUUGGACAAAAUCUCUUUCCUUCUCUGGUACGUUUUCUGAUAACUGGAUUACUACUUUUCUGAUAGUAGUAAUUAUUUCAAGUGGAUUUUUCAGUAAAGCAGUAAUCAGCACAGCAGCGUGAAAGGAAGACAAGUAAAUAGCACAGGUAUCAAUACUAUAUAGUUGGAGGGUUUAACUUUUUAUGCUGGAGAAUGCUUAUUUAAAGGAAAUGCAGUUUUGGAUAGUUGCAUUUGCUGCUGUAUUGUAUUUAUUGAAGCAAAGAUCCAAUUGGGACAAGCACUAGUGUUUUUGUUAAAUGAUUCCUUUAGGAACAGGAUGCUGACCAAAGAUAGCUUACUAUGAUUUUAAUUACUUUUAGUAUGUAAAUUUGAAAUUUUAAGACCUCUUGGAAAAAUAGCUACCAUCGCCAUUGUGCAGUUUUGCACUGAAGGUGUAAAAUCUUAUUCCCCCUACUGAACAGCUUUCAUUAGGUUUUGUUAAUAGGAAAAUGAAUAAAUUAUUAUAAAGUAUAAUUCCCAAGUUUGGGGUCUUGAAUUUUAAUGAUUUGACAUUUAAUAUUGUAGCACUGCAUACACAUUGUAUGUAAUGGGAAAGUGAAAAGACCUGAUUGCAGACUGGUGGCCAUGGGCAUACAUUACAGUGUGAAUAUUUAUCAUGUGCAAGAUUGGAAUGGAGAAGAUGAAUAGAAAUGUAUAAUUGGAAGAUGGACUUAAAGCCCUUGGAAAUAUAUUUUCUAAGUUGUUAGAAAGUAUAUUUAAGUAGUUUUAAUUUAUUUGGCACUAUCUAAAUAAAGGUUUCACCUUUAUUCUGUGCAAUUGAUGUAAAUUGAUGUAGAUUAUAUACGUUGUGCAGCAUGAAUUUAAGACAUCUAGGCAAUAUGUAUUCAAUAUGUAGUACAAUAUUAAUGUCUGCUGUUCUCAAAUUUAUACAUUAACUCCAAAAUCCAUGAUUUAACUCCACACACACUAAUUAGAAGUCCAAUUAAUACCGGUAAGUUAAUAGUGUAAUGAACUAAUAUACAUUUAAGAUUCCUUGUAAACACAUAGAAAGUUGGGACAUACUUGAAAAGUCUUUUCUCCUUUUGAUCUCUUAGAAUAUAAGUACUUGUACAUAUCUCACUUUGCAUAUCUGUAAAAAUAUUUCACUGGAGGGACAUUCUGCCUUUAUCAGUAUUAGGAUAACUGUGUUGCCUUAUUGUACAAUUUAGUGAACUUCAAAUAAAUACGCACUCAAAGCUG